CACUCAUUGCACUUGCAUGUCAGGAAAAAUCUGGACUUCUGUCGUGCAGCAAGUAAAGGCACAGCAACAGUCCUGCGAGAAGGAUAUGGUGGAAACCCUAUUUGGUAGACAAGUGCCUAGAUGAAAGGCUGAGUUUCUAAAAUAAUAGACGUCGAGGCUUGAGGGUUCCUCAGAAUCAUGCACACACCCCAUUGUUCUGGAAGGGCUCCCAUGCCUUUACCAGCUGUAGGACGGUUAGAGAUCCAUUAUCAUAGCACCAUCUCUGUACCAGAGAAAACUGCACCCAUGCAAAACAAUCUAUUCCCACCAAAUAGCUAACCCAGGAGCAUUUCAGAAGAAUGGGCAUCCAUGGAUUAAUGAGCUAUGUUGGUGAACAUAAUGAGUUCUUUCUUGACUUGAAGUUGAGGAACACCAAAGUAAUAAUUGAUGGAAAUAAUUUGUAUCAUCGGCUUUACUUUGACUCAAAUCUGGACAUCAGGCGUGGUGGGGAUUAUGAUUCUUUUACAGACAUUACACACAAGUUUUUUGAAACAUUGACUGUGUGCAGCAUACAGGCCUAUGUUGUGCUAGAUGGAGGGUGUGAUGCUAGUGACAAAAAGCUUACAACCUUAAAGGAAAGAGCUCAGGAGAAGAUCCGCUCAGCUCAUUCCCUUUCCCGUGGUGGUGGAGGAUGCGUAUUGCCUUUGCUUAUCAGAGAAGUCUUUAAACAGAUCUUAACACAACUACAAGUGCCCUUUGUCCAGUCCUUUUCAGAGGCAGAUAGGGACAUUGUGUCAUUUGCCAAUCACUUGAACGGCCUUGUGUUAACUUUAGAUAGUGACUUUUGCAUUUUUGACCUAAGAGCAGGUUAUUGUCCUCUAAAUUACUUUCAGUGGAGAAAUCUUUGCACACAUAAAGACUCACAAGACUGCUACAUCCCAGCAAGGUGCUUCUCCUUAGAGAGAUUCUGUAACCAUUUCAGCAAUAUGAACAAAACCCUCCUGCCUCUUUUUGCAGUGAUGAGUGGCAACGAUUAUAUUAACCUGCCAGCCAUGGAAAUGUUCUUUAGCAAGGUAUGUCUUCCUGUUGGAAGCUCCAGGCAGAGGGGUAGAAAGCAUGUCCGCAUUCAGGGGCUACUGAACUGGCUGUCUCGUUUUUCUGAUCCCACUGAGGCAAUAGAAAAUGUACUGAAAUAUCUUCCAAAGCACGAGGAAGAACAAACAAGACAUUUUCUCUGCUCUUCAAUGGCAGAAUAUGAGCCAUCCAAGAUCAAUGUGGAAGACUUUUUUCAGAACGGAGUAUAUGAUUCUGAGGAAGCCAAAGACUUAGAAUUGCCCCAAUGGAUUAUUGUUGCUUUAGCUAAAGGCCUCCUAGCACCAUUUGUUAGUGAUGCCCUAGUAUUAAGGAGAACAUUCCUUCAUGCUCAGGUGGAGAAUAUGCAACGACCUAGUGCUCAUUCUACAGCUCUGCCCCUUCGACAGGUUAUCUAUAGGCUGCUGUUGAACAUCUCACAGUGCUCACUCAGUACCUCACUGAACAAGCCACCCGUGUCUUCCAUUUUCCAUGAAUUCGACAGAAGCCAAUUAUCACUCAAGAAAUCAUUUGUUCAAGCGGCAGCACUGCCUGGAAAUGUUUGCAAUGACCAGUAUUCUCUGGUUAUGUUAAAUGAGGUUGCCUUAGCAGACCGCCUGACACUUUUGUUGGAGGCCUUAAGUGUGACAGGUAGCAUCCUUGAGCCAAUCCCCAGACUGCUGUGGCUUCCUGUGGCUGUGACCUGUUACUGGGCACAGCAUUCAGAACCCAAAGUGAAGUUGCAUCACAUGAAAGCUUUGCUCCUUGGAUUUGUAUAUGGUGAAUUACACUCAGUGCUACAUAAUCCAGAUCCUGAGAUUCCAGCUGCUGAGGUCAAUACAAUUGUGUACAAUCAGUUCCUGAAUUGGAAACAAAAGAAAUUGCAAAAGGAGGUGUUGGAUUUAGACACUGCACACGUUUUCUGCCAGUGGCAGUGCUGUCUUCAAGUGGGAUUGUAUCUCAACCAGCUGCUUAGCUCUCCUCUCCCUGAGCCAGAUCUUACACGGCUUUAUAAUGGAACCCUUGUGCACAGAUUAUGCCGUGAGCUUAAAUCAACUUCCACACCAGAGAACAUUCUCAGUGCAUCUCCAAAGAUGUACCAGCUUUACUGCAACAUGGUACACAUAGUAAAAGACUCUAUACCUCCAAACUUCUUCCAGAAAAAGAAGUCCAAGAAAAGAAAGAAUCAAGCUCUGGCUAAAAAAGAAGGUGCUACCGUGGAAGCUUUGCCUUUGUGCAGUGUUAACAACAGAUUUGCAGCAUUCAUGGUGGAGGACUAAAAGCACAUUGUAUUUAACAUGAUGGAUUAUAUUAUUUUUUGCAUUGGCUUUAUAAGGCCUCUCUCAAAUGGAACCAUUCAGUACUGCUGGGUUUGACUGUUUUCCUAUCAAGCUUCAUUUAUCUAGUCAGAUGAUAAAGCUUCUUAUCUUUGAGUAGUACUAUUGAACUGAGUAGUCUCAGAAGGAGGGAUGUGGGGUGGAUAAUUUCUCUAUACUUUUUUUUCCACAGAAAGUUUUCCAUUUCUGAAGUUUUGUUGGCCAACAUCCAGACUAGCAUUCCACACAUGCAGCAAUGCAAGUUCCAGACUACCAACAUUCCAGAUUAUCACUGUACUGUUCUUUGGGGGAAAGGGGUAAUUUUUGCCAAUGUGUCACCAAAAUAGGUCCCUGUUGAGACAACACAACAGUAGUCUGGAACUUGCACUGCUGCAUGUGCACAGUGCUAGUCAGACCAGCAUUUUCAUAAAAUGCAUUACAGUUGGCCCUCAUUGUCCAUGGUCUCAGCAUUCACAUUUUCACAUAUUCACGGUUGGACCAUGUCCACCUAGCCUUGUUAUCCAUGGUUCUACAAAUAGUUUAAAUUCACCUAUCUGUGGUUCUUAGGUGGCCGGAAAUGAUCUCCAAGGUCAUUGCCAGCCACCAUUUUGCUGAAAGGAGCUAUUUUGUGGCCCUCGCUUAAAUUUUUAAAAAAAAUUCCACAAUUUUUCACAGAAAAUCGGUGGAAUUGUAGGUUUUGGCAGGCAUUGCUGGACUGCUAGAGACCUAAAGAGCAUAGUAUGUUGCUUUAUUGCUUUUAUUUCUGCCUCCUCCCCACUUUUUUAGCCUUUUGUUUUACCUCUAGGAACAUAACCCAACAAUUCCCAUUCAAUCAAGGUCUCAUUUUCUGUGUUUUCGUUAUCUGCAGUUUCGUUAUCCACAGUUGUAGGUGAGAACAGAACCACUGCAGUUAACGAGGGCCACCUGUAGUGACAAUGAGUAGAUGCCAAUGUAAUGUUUGGUAGGUUCAGCAAUUUCAGAGUUGUAAUUCAUGAUCUCUGAAGUGAUCCCUAUUCCCUCACAACCUGGGUUCUGCACCUGUACCAUAAUCCUUGCAGAAGAAUUAAAAGCUCUUUGAGGCGUUCUUCAGCUCUGCUUAAUCACA